CGAGGGGCUGCUUACCGAAACCGGGGGAUAACGGAGUACCCAGCAGCUGGAGUAGCGGGGACUUGGACCCUUCACGCGUCAAGGCGGACCCGGGUGGACUCUAGGUCUGAAGCCAGCAACCCCCAACCCCAAGGAGCUGAAGAGCCUCCCCCCAGUUGAACCAGAGAGAACUCUGGAAGUCAUUUCCACAGUUUAUCAGAACCCAGAGAAGGGACUCGGACUCGGGCCCCGGACUUACUGCCCAGCCCCCUUCUUUUGGAAGGAAGGAGCCAGGGAAGAGAGAGACCUUCCCACUGAGGAUGACACUCAACACCCAACAGGAAGCGAAGACCACCCUGCGCCGUCGGGCCAGUACUCCACUACCCCUGUCAUCCCGGGGCCACCAGCCUGGCCGCCUGUGUACAGCAGCCGCUACUCAAUCCCAGCAUCCCCGACUGGGUCAGUCAGCUUCCCUCAACCCUCCGGUUCGAAAACCUUCCCCAGCCCAGGAUGGCUGGUCCUCUGAAUCCAGCGACUCUGAAGGCUCUUGGGAGGCCCUCUACCGGGUGGUGCUGCUUGGAGACCCCGGCGUCGGGAAGACCAGCCUGGCCAGCCUCUUCGCGGGGAAACAAGAGCGGGACCUUCAUGAACAGCUGGGAGAUGUGUACGAGAGAACACUCUCAGUGGAUGGAGAGGACACCACGCUGGUGGUCAUGGACACCUGGGAGGCCGAGAAACUGGAUGAAAGCUGGAGCCCGGAGUCACGCCUGCCGGCGGGCAGCGCCUACAUCAUCGUGUACUCCAUCGCAGAUCGCAGCAGCUUUGAGAGCGCUUCGGAGCUCCGGAUCCAGCUGAGGCGCACGCAUCAGGCUGACCACGUGCCCAUCAUCCUGGUGGGCAACAAGGCAGACCUGGCCCGCUGCCGGGAGGUCUCCGUAGAAGAGGGACGCGCCUGCGCAGUGGUGUUCGACUGCAAGUUCAUCGAGACUUCAGCCACUCUGCAGCACAACGUGAUGGAGCUCUUCGAGGGCGUGGUGCGCCAGCUGCGCCUACGCCGCCAGGACAGCAUGGCCCCAGAGGCACCUUCACCACGACGACGGGCCAGCCUAGGCCAGCGCGCCCGCCGCUUCCUGGCACGCCUGACGGCACGCAGCGCACGGCGCCGGGCACUCAAGGCCCGCUCCAAGUCUUGCCACAACCUAGCUGUGCUCUGAGGCCAGCGCCUCUCCGAGGUGAUGGGACACUGUGGUGCCACCAGGGCCAAAGGUGCGUCCUCUGGAGUCUGCGUGGUGGACCUUGCCUCUUGCCAGGAUGGCCAGAGAACAUCGCCAGGAGCCGGGGCUUUGAGGACCCUUCCUCCUUGGGGACGUGAUGAGUGAACUAUAGGGCUGUAAACCCAAGCUAGGCACAAGUAGGGUUUUUUUUUUUUUGGGG